ACUUCCCCAUUGGUGAAGCCUUCUAAAAAACGGAAGCAGGCGCUACCAUUUUGAAACACGGCACUGCUUAGCUCCACUAUGGACAAGAGCAACACGGUGAAGCUCUUCGUGGGCAACCUGGCUCUAGACACCACCCAGGAGGAGCUAUCGGCCAUCUUUGAGGCGUACGGCCAGGUGGUCAGUUGCAGCGUUCUCCGACAGUUCGCCUUUGUACACCUACAGGGUGAGGGGGCUGCGGAGCGGGCCAUCAGGGAGCUGAACGGCAGGGAGUUCCGGGGGAGGAACCUGGUGGUGGAGGAGUCCCGGGGCAGACCGCUCCACUCCACCAAGGUGUUUGUGGGGAACCUGUCGGGCAUGUGCACCACCGAGGACCUCCAGGAGCUCUUCCAGACCUUUGGUAAAGUGCUGGAGUGCGACAAAGUCAAAGCCAGGCUCUCCUCUUCUGCAGGCUACGCCUUCGUGCACAUGGAGAACAAGGAGGAGGCUCUUCAGGCCAUCGAGGCCCUCCACGGCACCUCCUUCAAGGGACGCCCGCUCUCCGUGGAGCUCUCCAAGGUGCAGCCCUCCAAGCAGACCCCGACGGGGAAGAUCCCCUGUGUGAGCUGUGGGAAGCAGGGCCACUAUGCCGGGGAGUGCCCUGUAGGGAAGUCCUCUCUGGAACAGUACCAGAGCCAGGCAGCUGUGUUAGCUGCAGCCGCCGCCGCCGCAGCCGGCCUGCCCCUCCAGGUCCAGCAAAGCGUCCACAACUCUGUCUACAACACCUCGACCUUUGACCCCACCUACGCGGCGUUGACGGGCCUCACCACCGGCACGCGGGCGGAAGGAAACCCCGUCAACCAGGCGGUGUAUGGUGCCCUGGCGACGCAGGUCUACGGCGCUAACGUGGCCAAUCAGCUCUAUGGGGUCCAGGCAGCCAAUCAGGCGGCAGCGUUGACGCAGGCGGGAGCCACGCAGGUGUACGCCAGCUCCAUGAACCCCAGCCAUGCUGCUCUCUACGGUCAGCUUAGUCAGAUUGCCGCCAGCCCCGCUGCAGCAUCCGCUGCCGCCGCCUACUCCACGCCAGUUUACGCGCAUGCCAUGGCUAACCACCACCACCCGGGGGCCAUCUACCUGGCUGCACCUGGCGUAGAGAUGCCUGCGGCCGCCGCGGCAGUCAACCAGGCCUACGCCAUGGCGCCGGCGCUCUAUGGGGGCGCCCAGCAUGCCUACGGCCACUUGGGGAUGGGUGCCGCCAUGAGCGCGUCGGCGGACCCGUCGGCGGCCAUCUUUGAAGCGGCGAGGGUUCAGCACUACUUUGCCCAGGGACAGCAGGUUCUGGCCGAGCAGCAGAACGCGGCGGCAGUGGCUGCGGCACAAGCGGCAAAGUCUGGAGAGCGGGACCGGAGUCCCCUGAGGCGCUCUGCGGGGUCCCUGCUGCCCGAUCCCGUCAUGAAGCCCUUCAUGUACCAGAGAGCCCCUAAGCAACGCCGGCCGCUGCUCCCCACCCCCGCCGGGCGAGCUGCAGAGGAAGCAGCGGAGGCUGGAGAGGACCCCAUGGCUAGAGAGCAGUGCCAACAGUACGCUGAAUACAACCACCAACAGUACCAGCAGCUCCAGCACUUACAAGAGCAGUACCAACAGUAUGCAGAGUACUACCACCAGCAGCACCAACAGCACCAGCAGCUCCAGCAGCUACAGUACUAUGCAGAGUACUACCAGCAGUACCAGCAGUAUCAGCAACUCCAGCAGUACCAGCAACUCCAACAGUACCAGCAACUCCAACAGCUCCAGUACGCCUACCCGCCUCCCAACCACCACGCCAUGGCUGCCAUCCCUGCCCACGCCAUGGCGGGCCACGCCCACCACCACGGCCAACCGGCCCACGUCACGGCGCUGGACGCCGCCCUCAGGCCAGUGGUGCCCGCCUCCGCCGUGGCCGCCGCCAUGGUGGCAGCGCCCAGAGUGUAUGAGCCGCCGCUGCCGCCGCCACCGAACCGCAAGGAGGCCGUCCUCCGCCGAGCCCCCGAACUCUCCCUUCACACGCCUGAGCCCCCCUUCAGAUAGUCACCUCCCUCGUACCCCUCCUCUGUCCCCCCCUCCCCCCUACCACUGUAUACCACCCUCGUACCCCUCCUCACUCUCAGCUGUGUGUGUCUGUGUGUAUCUGUGUGUGUGGGUAUAUGUGUGUGUACUGUGGCGGUGGGGAUUUGUGUGUUUGGAGUUUAGGAGUUGUCCUUUGACUACAGUAAAAACCCAACCCCAACUUGGUCCUGGUACCACACUAACAGUGCAGUUAAAGAAGGGUAGACAUUCUGUCAUCUUACCACCACACAAUGUUUAGCUAUUGACUCUCUCAAUGGUAGACAGGUGCCAGUAGCAGACAGUCAAUGCCUUCAACAUAGAGAUGAGGUCAAAAAUAUCACAACCGAUUCUUGUACUGUCUGCGCUGUGGUGUGUUGCGUAGCUCCAGGGUUGGAGGGGUCUGUGAGUCUUGUAUGCGUCGGGACUGUGGUGCGAGUGUGUGUGUGGGAGUGGGAGAGUGAUGUUGGCUUUCUGUUGUUACGAUGUAAUACACACACUCCCACACGUGCUGCCUUGUUCCAUCAUGAGCUCACCCCGGGGAGAUUCGAGGAACAUAGGCACACUGUACUAUAUGAAACUACCCUCUACCUCUCCAACCCCCUCCUUCCCUCACACUGUAACCCCAACACUGAAAGACACUGCUGCAUUUCUGCCCUUAUUUACUCUGUCUAUACCUUAGCCUGGGUAAACCAAAUGAGAUGCCGGGAUCACCACGGGAACAGUAGAGGGUUUAACAUUCAGUCUCUCCAUACCUACCUCUGACAAUGAGAGCACUGAGGUUAGCUGGUUAGAAUAUGAAUGGUCUGUCUUCUAUCCAUAUCAGCCAGUGUCAGUUGCAGGCUUGGGGGUCCAUUUCAAUCAAAUUCAGCUUAAUUUCAAAUGGAAUUGACCCCAUCCCUGGUCAAUAGUUUGGAGAAGAAUGACACGUUUUAGGGACAACGUUUUUUGUAUGUACUGUAUUACUAGAGUCUUACUGCAUCAGUGCAUCUUGAGAGGCCUUUUAAAGUAGGACAUAUUUUAGUUGAGUUUUGUUGUAAUGUAAGUGGUUGUCGGGUCGAUGAAGAGUACAUUCUAACCCCUCAGAUCAAGUAUGAAUUAUUUUAUGGAUUUAUAAGUAAGUUAACUUUUUAGACUUGCUAGAGAAUCAUGAGUGUCAAUGAGGUUUAAAGGAAAACUCCACCCAAAAACUAUAUUUUGGUGUUUUGUUUCAUUAAUCUAUUUUCAACGAUAUGUCACUUUCAAAAUACAGGUCAUCCCUGUAUGAUCCAUUUAGCAUCAAAUGAUGCGGCGUUUUGAAAGUUACAUAUCUCGAUUGCUGACAAGCAAAACAUUUUGGGACUAUGUCAACAAUGGACUAAUGAAACAAACACCAACAUAUUGUUUUUGGGUGGGAAUGUCCCUUUAACGUUGUGCCUAAGCUUUGUGUGAAGUGCGUAUAGCGGAGGGGAAGAUCUCCUUUUUAAAGGGCUUUUUUUCCCCCUUUACAUGUCAGUCUUUUUAAUCUGCGAUGGAGGGAAAGGGGUUAGGAUAAUGUGGUGCGGUAACGUUCACACCGAUGAUGAGAGAUGGAGCAGUAUCUUUCAGUCUCCCUGUUCCCGACGUAUCCUUGCACCCCGCUGUAAGACGACUCACUACCCCCGUACUUCGCUGUGUCCUUCCUCUUCUCCCUGUGAUUUUAGUGAUUUACUAUUUUAUCUUGCAUAUAAUCUCUCUGUCUCACACACACACACACACACACACCGAGUUUCAUCUGUGGGAUCUCGACGAUCAGGAAAAAAAAAACACCCUUUCUUGUUAUGCUUGUUGCUUGCCUUGUUUCUGACCGUAUUUUUAGAACUAUUUAAAAUAUUUUUUUUUUAACAAAAAGGAAAAAGGCAUGCUUUUUAAUAUGUAUACUACACAUACCCAGCAUUUAAACAAUAAAGAAUGUUUCUGACUACUGUGAGGAAGAGAAAAAACUGCGUUUCGGAUGUUUCUCCCCGUUCUUGUUUUUCCUUUUCCGUCUUUUUUACUCCUUCCUGUCUCUCCUUCCUUGUUGUAAUGACCAGACACAUAUGACUGGGGACCAGGGUGGCAGAGACAAGGAGGAGUAGCGUCUGUGUGUGCCCCCCCUAGUCUGCCUCGUGGAUGGGGUAAGUCUGGUCUGGGGUCAGCGCUCCUCUCUCCAGCCUCACCCAAACUCUAGGCCUAUAGCGCAGUGAGACAGACCCUGGGUGCCAAUAAUAUAUAUUUUCUCCUCAACUGUGCACUUGUUCACAUCCCUUUACUGUUGCGAGAGGAAAUGAGGAUGUUUUUAUGGUGCCAACUCCUAGGCCAGGUGUAUUCAACUCUGACCCUACGAGGUCCGGAUCUUGCUUGUGUUCUAUUCUACCUGAUCAUUAAUUGCACCCGCCUGGUGUCCCAGGUCUAAAUCAGGCUUUGACAUCCAGAGUUGAGUUUGAGGGUUCUAGGCCAUGUCUCUGCUAAUGAACAAGUGUAUACUUCAGGAGGAAAGAGACCUGGGACAUAACCCCUCGCAGGUACAUCAACAAGGCAUCUACUGUGUUACCAUGCACUCAUGUCUGAAAACAGCUUCCGUCACCUCUGAUCUUUUUGAUUUCCACUUCGUGCCAAACUAGUGUCGAUUUCAUGCCAUUUUAAUUGCAGAUUCACUGUUGAGUAGAGUGGCGUGCAAUACUUGCUUGCAGAGGACUCCUUGUUUUAACAAUGGGUGGACAAACACAAACAUCAGAGACUUGGGGAGAGGCACACAGAUAGAAUGACUGUGGGGGGUGCUGUGUGUCUGCUCCUACCCAACAACCUCACCACCAACACCAUGUGUCUGUCUCUGCUGUGUUGGAUGUGCAUGUCACUCUGCUCUCUGUCCAAAGCCCCGUACAUACUGACCUACUAUUCCAACUGAAAUAGGUACCGGCCGCCCAGACACCACCCAGCAGGUGUGAGGUGAGAGGGGGAAGACAAUAAACGUCGCGCAGGCAAAUGGGAAGUGGGAACUCAAUCUUCUCCACCAAGGUAAUGAAACAGCACUGUCCCCCUCUCUGACUGUGCCUUGACCGAAACACCCCUUCCCCCUCCUCGUCCGCCAUCACCCACCCCCCCCCUCUGUAGCUCCCCUCUCACCUGCGUUGACAUUGCCCGGGGGGCUUCUUUUGGGGGUCACUGCUCACGCUGUGAUGUCUUCUACCAGACUUCCAGUGACUUGUCCUGUCUCUCACCAUGCAGAACCUACAGUGACUGGGCUGUCAGUCUCUCUCUGUGGUGCUGAUGUGUGUCUGAGAGAGACUGUGUGUGUGUGACUGACUGUGACUACAUGUUUGAGAGCCAGAGACCGUGUGUGUAGUUUAAAGAGUGAGUGAGUGUGUCACUGAAUCUCUGUGUCUGAGAGUGUGUGUGUGUGUGAUGUCGUUGGUGUUUUGAGGCUUGAUACAUGUGGAUCCCCCGCCCCCGCUAGUGACUCCUACACCGCCGUAUUCGCCGCCCCUCCCCCAACCCAUCCCCCUCUGCGCCUGUCCGCCGUACACAGCUUGCUGCCGCCGCCGCCUGCCGCCAUCUUGGAUCUAGGCUGGGCUCUGUGGAUCAGCAGCCCCCGACUGGCCACACCCACCCCUGGCUAUGGCUGUAACCAUAGAGACCUAGUUAAUGACAAUGGACACCGUGUAUGGUGGCCUAGUGGGGUCACACGGCUGGACAGAGUAUAAACUCAUCAGAGACUUUGUAGGGCGAGAGUUUUUUUGCUUUGCUAAAACUGUGAUGCUGGGUUUGCCACGGCUGUGUAUGGGAGUUUAAUCACUAUUCACCACCUCCUUGCAGUUGAAUGACUCAAGUCAAACUAAUUUCUAAUUAAAUCCGAUAAACUGA